GUAUCUGGAAUCACAAUUCAUACGACACUAAUACAGUGUGGGGAGCUGACCAAAUAAAUUCUGUAUAAAGAGAAAGAAGAAGAAGGAAAUGAUUCCUCUGUACCGGAGCCUCCUGCUCUUUAUUCUGCUGAAAUGUUAUUUCCCAGAAAUGAAUCUGUUCCCCGGAUGGGCCAAUGCUUCGGCAAUUAGCGAAGAUAAUCUAUGUGGGCCCUUAUCACAUAUAAUAGUCAGAGAAGGAGGAGAAGCGAUUCUACCAAUACACAAGUCAAGGACAGGAACUUUUACUUGGCGAUUUGAUACCGGAAACUUCUUUGAAAGCUUUGCUAAAACAGAAGCCGGAGGGAAGAUUUGGGACAUAAAGGAUCAAUUCAGAGGGAGACUGAGCAGCACAGAGAAUGGAUCUUUAAUCAUCACUAAUGUAACUAUGAAUGAACGAAAUCAAUACAUGGAAUGGGCAGACAAAGGUAGCUGUGUCCAAGCGUUUCAUCUAAUAAUCUACAAACCAUUAGAAGCUGAAGAUAUCCUGAUCCGACACAAUAUCACCGGGAAGGAAAUGUGUAACAUUACACUGACCUGUGCUGUGACUCAACCACAAGUGACCGUCUCUUGGGAUGAAACAAAUCGGACUGAGGUGGAAGGGGACACUCUACACCUCUAUAACGUGAAUUCCAAUGUGACUUAUAGUUGUACAGCACAGAAUCCCAUCAGCAGAGCCUCCAGAACGAUCAAUCCUUGGGAUCUCUGUUAUAAAGGAGCGGAACCUGAGGAACUGAGUCCUCCAACAGUUGUACCUCUGUUUGGGAUUGCGUUGGAUACCAUAGACGUGAAGACAGGCCAGGGGUCCCUACCUCUACCUCCAGGAAACGUUUAAUUUUUGUAAGGGAGAAAAGGAUGAAAUAGAAAGAGUUCUGCUUGUUCUCAAGGACUGGCAGCCGCACUAUAGCUGCUUUACUAGUAAUUGUACAGCAUAUUCUGAUAUAUUGAUCUGAACUGAUCAUACUCUGUCAUUGUAUUCAGCACAUAUUACUUGUCCGUGACCCAAUCCCUCAAGCCUUUGGGAGAGGGAAAAUAAAUGUAAUAAAAAUUA